AUGGAAUCCGACACAGAAGAAGACGAUAAACAGUAUCAACAGUAUGAGAUUAGAGAUGGGAUACUCUUUCUUAUUGAAAUCACCCCUGAUUUAUUAAAAUCAGACAGCAAUCUCGGAUCCCAUUCGCAAUUGUAUGAAAUUUUAUCCAGUAUAAAUGACUUGAUGUCAGAACUAAUAAUCACGAUGAAAAACACCGGAAUUGGGAUAUACUUCUACAAUUGUCUGCCGUCUCCAGUGUUGAAACCCAUGAAUCAACCUCCUGGAUUCUACAAGCUUUUCCGAUUGAAUGUGCUCAAUUUGCAAAAUAUGAAACGAUUAAACGACAUAAUUCAAGAUCUGGCAAUCAACCCCGUGGAGGGAUUAUUCAAGUACAAACGCAUGGAAGAUGAGAAUCAUUUGUCUGUGGUGUUGAACAAAAUAAUUGACGAAUUUUCCAGCAAGACUGAAUUCAAUAGGAAGAAACUCAUUUGGAUCACCAAUAAUGAUAAACCAUACACUGAAACAACAACCAAGGACAAUUUAUGGAGAAUAGUCAAUGAUUUUUACAACUACAAGCUCUUCAUAGACCCCAUGUUUCUUUCCUCGGGUGGCAAAAGAUUCGAUACUGAACUAUAUAAAGAUAUUUUCCUAAAUACCAAUUUCCUAAAGCCGACCCAGUCACAACAUGACAAUGAGCCAACAUCCAAGGAUUCACCUGUGAAAUCCCUCCUUUCCAGUCAGAUUAGGCAAUCAAUCUUUCGUAUCAAAGAAGUCCGUCGUAUUCAAUUCUCGUGUGACUUGAUACUCAGCGAUGACGGGUCUGUGGGAGGUAACUUUGGAUGUUCAAUUAAAGGGUAUACCCUUUACAGCCAUGAAAGAUACAAAAAGGACUUGUUGUUGUAUACAAAAGAAGAAUCAAUCAAAAAAGUCCAUUCAAGUUCAGAAAUAAUAUCUGACUCUGGAAAAAUUAACUUACCUAAAGACAAGGCCAAAUCACUUCAAGAAAGUAAAGAAGCAGCCGGUAUUAGAAAAGGGUACGAAAUCGGUGGAGGACAAGAUGUAAUCUUCUUAAAUAAAGAACAGGUUGACUUUAUAAACAAUUAUGCUUUUGAUCACAGAUUAAUUGAGAAAGAUGAAGAUGGCGACGAAGAUGAUGAUGAUGAUGAUGAGGAUAAAACUUAUAUCGCUACUUCAAAACCACCUUAUUUGAAAUUGCUUGGAUUUCGCGAUAUACAAAACUUUAAUCCGGUUUAUUCAUGUGGUUCACCAAUAUUUAUAACUAGUGAUAUAACAACAUCCACUGGUUAUAGCAAUUCGCUCGAAACUUUAGCAUCGUUGUAUCGUUCAUGCAUGAAGCUUCAGCAGUAUGCUAUUGUGUUUGGGUGUAUUAAGCGGAAUUCACUGCCUUAUUUAUACGCAUUGUAUCCUACCCAGACCAUGAAUUCAACGAAAUUGGUUGAAGGAGAAGAGUUUCCCCAGGGAUUCCUUUUGAUUAAAUUACCUUGGAUUGAGGAUGUGCGUUCAUUGCCUCAAGAUUUCAUCAAAGAAAUACAUGAAGAACCUGAUGCGACAUUGGUUGACCAAUUCAAAUCACUAUUCAAGAAGUAUGAACUUGAUAGUUAUGACCCCAAACAAUUCCCGAACCCUUCACUUAAUUACUUCUACAAAGUUUUAAAAUAUGAAAUUUUACAAAUGGAAUUAUUACCCGGUGAAAGAAACUUAUCUUCAAAUGACGUUACUAUACAAAGAUUAAUGGAAUUGAAACAAAAAUUUGACUCGGAUGAUUCUGCUCAAUAUAUUCUUAAUCAGAUAAACUCAAGGUUGAGUGAGUUGGAAGAAAGAAUACCAAAAAGAGUGAUUUCCGAGGAUAAACCAGUCAAGAAGGCAAAAGUGGUGGAAUUGGAUGAGCUGGCUGUAUUGGUUAAAUGGAACCAAGGUAAAUUGAACGAUUUUACCAUGGAACAAUUGAAGACAUUUGUCAAGAAAUAUCCUCAGAUUAAAGUGGGAUCUAGAAAAUCAGAAACAAUUGAAAAUAUUUCGAGAUUCUUGGAAUCAAGAGAACAUAAGUAG